AUGGCCUCCAGAACAGUGUCCGCGUCGGUAACACGACGGUUGCUCCCAACGCUACGAUCCACCGGCAUAUCGGCAAGGUCAUUUUCAUGCGCUGCAUUGAGAAGUUCACGAUUGUCCGCGCUCGGUCACCCCACAGUCCGAAUUGCCGACCAAAGACAAAGACGACCUCUUUCCACCACACCACGCACACGCCUCGCCGCCGUAGACGACACAUUCGAUCCCAAGUCAAUAGAGCGUGAAUCUGAUGAGGUUGACGUGCUUAUUGUGGGUGGAGGUCCAGCCGGUCUCUCUGCCGCCAUCAAGCUGAAACAGAUUGCGACGGCCGCGGGCAACGAGGACUUUAGGGUAUUGGUAUUGGAGAAGGCGGGCGAAUUGGGCGACCAUAUCGUGUCGGGAAAUGUCAUUGAGCCUUCUGCGCUCGAUGAGCUGUUGCCCGACUGGAGAUCAGAGGACAACCUCAACCGCUUUGCCGAUAUUACGCCUGCAAAGGAAGACCACAUGUUCUUCAUGACGAAGAACAAGGCCAUUCCUCUGCCCAAGCCGCCCCAGAUGAACAACCACGGAAACUACAUCAUAAGCUUGAACCAAAUGGUCAAGUGGCUCGGUGAGCGCGCCGAAGAGGCAGGCGUCGAGGUUUAUCCUGGAUUUGCUGCGUCGGAGGUCCUAUACAACGCGGACGGAGCUGUAAAAGGUGUAGCCACCAAUGAUCUCGGCAUAUCACGCGAGGGCAAGGCAAAGGAAUCAUUCGAGCGAGGCAUGGAGUUCUACGCGCGCGUCACAUUGCUGGGUGAGGGCUGUCACGGUAGUUUGUCCAAGCAAAUCAUCAAAAAGUACGACCUGAGGCGGGAUAGCCAGCACCAAACAUACGGUCUUGGCAUCAAGGAAGUCUGGGAGGUGCAGCCGGAGAAGUUCAAGUCUGGACUUGUCGUUCACUCAAUGGGAUACCCCCUACCCAAGGACACUUAUGGCGGCGGUUGGAUGUACCACUUUGGCGACAACUUGGUUAGUAUUGGUUUAGUAGUAGGGCUCGACUACCCGAACCCGUGGUUAGCACCGUAUGGCGAAUUCCAGAAGAUGAAACACCACCCAUACUACAAGGAUGUCUUGGAAGGUGGCAAGUGCAUCUCGUAUGGUGCGAGGACACUGAUUGAGGGCGGCUUCCAGUCUAUCCCGAAAUUAGCCUUCCCUGGCGGCGCUCUACUCGGUGAUGCUGCAGGACUACUUAACCUUCCGAAGAUCAAGGGCACACACAACGCUAUGAGAUCCGGCAUGUUGGCAGCCGAAGCGACCUGGGAUGCCCUACAAGCCAACACCGACGGCGGCGAUGUAUUCCUGUUUGACUAUGAGGACAAGAUGCGCAAAUCAUCCAUCUGGUCAGAACUGAAGACUGUGCGAAACAUGCGCCCGUCUUUCCACACUCCGCUCGGCAUCUACGGAGGCAUCAUGUACUCUGGGCUGGAAGCGUACGUCCUCCGAGGCAAAGCGCCUUGGACGCUGAAGCAUGGCAAACCUGACCAUGCAGCGACCAAGACCGCAGACGAAUGUCCCAAGAUCGAGUACCCCAAGCCGGACGGCAAGAUUAGCUUUGACAUCCUGACAAGCGUCAGCCGAAGUGGCACCAAUCACGAAGAAGAUCAACCCUGUCAUCUCCAAGUCAAGGACUACGACGCUCAUGCCCAGCAAGAGUGGCCCAAGUACAAGGGUGUUGAGAACCGAUUCUGUCCUGCAGGCGUGUAUGAAUAUGUCGAGGACGAGAGCAAGGAGUUGGGCGUCCGGUUCCAAAUCAACGCUCAGAACUGUGUUCACUGCAAGACGUGUGAUAUCAAGGUACCCGAUCAGGACAUCAACUGGCAGACACCACAGGGUGGCGAGGGACCCAAGUACGUGCUUACGUAAAUGUGGAUAAGUCACUGUCAUUACUUGAAUCUGUUCUGGAUAGAAAAAAGGCAGUUGGGCACAUGUACAUUAAAAGGAUCCUGAGCAAGUGUAUAGUAACGCUAACAAAUCGUUGAUGCCC